AUGUACCAUCCAGAUUUAUUAGAUGGUAGGCAUGAUACGAAAGUGCGGCCAGGGAUGUUAUGUCUGGGUCCGGCUCGAGAAGAGAAACCGUCUUUUGCAUGUUUAGCUGUUCCCGGGGCCCCACUCGUGGUGAAAGCCAAAUUGGCCGGUAUUUUGUCCUGGGGGUUUGGUUGCGGCUACCUUCACGAUCUUCCACUUGUAUACACAAGUGUUCAAUAUUAUACAAUGUGGAUAGCACAGAAUAUAAUAUCGUUUCGCAAGCUAUCCAUGAAAAACUUUUCUCAACUGUUCCAAGCAACAAAGUCCUGCAUAAUAUUGGAAUGGUUGGUAAAGAAUAGAGUUUCGAAACCGCCUUAUCAUCAACAUGGUGUCAGCUACAGAGAGCUGCAAAUGUUAGAACUGGACCGCGAACUUUCCAAGAUACAAGGUGAUCUGUACGAUAUUAGAGACUUUAUUAAUGAAGAAGAACUGCGUUCAAAGAAACAACUAAUGUAUCGACUAAUAAAGGAGGAACAAAUUAAAAAUAAAACGAAAGAUAUGGAAAAAAUUGUUCUAAAGCAGCAGUUGAAAAUAAAAACGUACCCAUUCAUAAGUAAUAAAUCCUUACUAGAUUUUAAUAUCAAAUAUGACGAUUACAAUAAUUCUGAUGAUGAUUAGAAAUUCGAAAUUUAGACAGUAGUUUAGCUAGAUGAGUAAACCAAUACCCUCACCUAUAACGUGGUUUAAACUUAU